AUGUCUGAUGAAGCUUGGAGUCUAAAAGCACACCAACAGAAAUCCAUUUUUGAAUUCGAAGGGUAUGCCAAUGACGAUGACGAUGAAGAAAUACCAGAAAGGGAAACACCGAUUGAUCCAAUUUGGGAAAAACAACAGAAGAAGACAUUCACUGCCUGGUGCAACCUUCAUUUGAAGAAAAAGAAUGCAGAAAUAACCAUUAUAGAAGAGGAUUUUCGCAAUGGGCUCAAUCUACUAUUGCUCUUGGAAGCCAUUUCUGGUGAACAGUUAUCUCCCCCUGAGCGUGGCAAACUUCGUGUUCAUAAAAUAUUAAACGUCAAUAAAGCACUUGACUUUAUUCAGAAGAAAGGUGUCAAAUUAGUUGGAAUUGCAGCUGAAGAAAUCGUUGAUGGAAAUGUUAAGAUGACACUUGGCAUGAUAUGGACCAUUAUCUUAAGAUUCGCUAUUCAAGAUAUUCAAAUUGAAAACUGCUCUGCUAAUGACGGUCUUCUUCUUUGGUGCCAGCGUUCCACAGAGCCCUAUCCUGAGGUUAAUGUGAAGAACUUUAAUACUAGUUUUAAAGAUGGGAAGGCAUUCUGUGCUAUCAUCAAUCGGUAUCGUCCUGAUCUGCUCAACUUUAAUGAUGUUGCCAAAGCGCCUGCUCGUUAUGCGCUUACGAAGGCAUUUGACGUCGCGGAGGAGAGUCUCAGCAUCCCAAAAAUGCUCGACGUUGAUGAUAUGAUUGAAUCUGUCAAACCCGAUGAUCGAUCUGUCAUUACAUAUGUCUCAUGCUUCUUCCACUUGUUUGCUGAGGCCGAGAAGACUGGCGCUGCUGCUACUCGUAUCAAAAAGGCCGUGGAAAUUAGCCAAAUGAGCGAUCAGCUGUGUGACUCCUACAAUCGUCUUUUCACUGAUUUGAAGACGUGGAUUAUAAAGAAGAAGGCUGAUUUUGAGCACCGGAAGCCAGUUCUGAAUUUGGAGGAUGUCAAUAAGAGCAUAGAAGGGCUACGCCAAUAUCAAACUGAGGAAAAACCAGCUAAAAUCGAGGAAAAGUCCCGUCUUGAGACCACAUUCCGCACCCUUCAAACACGUUUGCGUCUCAACAAUCGACCACCUUAUCUGCCAUCUGACGGAAUGUUGAUAGCCGAUAUUUUAAUUCUUUGGAAGGAAUUAGAAAUUUGUGAGAAAAAUUACGAGGAAUGGCUCAUGGGAGAGAGGAAGCGAACCACCACCCUGGCCUACUGGUUAUCACGUUUCGAGGUCAGGUGCAAGACUUUCGAGGCCUGGGCGAGUGGCAAAUCGGACUACCUACAGUCCUCUGACUACACUACGUGCACCGUCGCAGAAGUCCGUCCUAUGCUGAAGAAGCACGAAGCUUUCGUCUCCGAUCUAAUGGCCCAGCAGGAUCGUGUCGAGCGCAUUGAGUCUAUCGCUCAAGAAAUUAGGUCGAACCUUGGCUAUACGGAUAUGCCUUCGAUUGACAGUAGGUGUGCUCAAAUUAAGAGCAGUUGGGACUCUCUUAAGGCACUUUCUGAUAAACGUCAUCAAAAUCUUUCGGAUGCGCAAUCCGUUUUGGAAAAAAUUGAUGCUAAACACCUUGAGAUUGCAAAGCUCUCUGCUCCGUUCCAUAAUUGGAUGCAGCAAGCGGAGGAGGACUUACUUGACAAAUUUAUAGCUCAAUCCACCGCCGAUGUUGAGAAACUGAUUAACGCUCAUGCUGAAUAUGAGAAGUCGUCGAAGGAGAAGGCGAAAGAAUACGGGAAGAUCAGGGACUUGGAGGUUGAGAUUGAGGGUCUCUGCAAGCAAAUUAACAGAGAAUCAAUUGUGAACCCCUACACUAACGUCACCACGUCGAGGUUGCACGAGCAAUGGAAGACGUUACAGGAGCUGACCGAUCAACGCAGGAAGGAGUUGGAAGAGGAGAAGAAACAUCAAUUGGUGUGUGAUCAGGUGCGGAGGCGAUUCAUUCAAUUGGCGACAGAGCUCAAUGGCUGGCUUGAGCAGACCCAGGGGCGUCUGAACAAUGUAGGACUCGGAGAAGCCUCCCUCGAAGAGCAGGUCAAACUUCUCACCAAUCUGGAUGGAGAAUUGGAAGCCCAACGGCCCAAGCUCAGUGAACUAGAAGAUUGCCAUCAGCAUCUGCAAGAUGCGUAUGGGGAUCUUGACUUCCCUGUCCCGAUGGCAACUCUGCGUUCUGUUUGGAAUCAACUGUCAACGGGUCUGAAAUACACGAGGAAUGAGAUCGAAAACCAGAUAUUGACUCGUGACUCCAAGGGCUUGAGCAAGUCCCAGCUGGACGACCUGCGCCGCUGUUUCAACCACUUCGACAAAGACCAUACCGGUCGCCUUGAGUGUCCUGAAUUUAAAGCCUGCCUCGUCUCUGUCGGACAUUCCAUCGUGGCCGAGGCCAAGAAGCAGUCUGAUGAGGAUAUUUUAAAGCUAAUGAAACAGCUCGAUCCCAACUCAAACGGCUCAAUUGCGUUCGAUGUCUUCGUGGACUACAUGACUCGUGAGCUUACCGACUUGGAUACGUCCGACCAGCUGCUUCAGUCUUUCCGCACGAUAUCAGGCGAGAAGGGCUACUUGACGGAGGCCGACCUGAGACGUGAGCUUCCUCCUGAACAGGUGCAGUACAUUCUCUCGAAGCUGCAUCCUCUGAGUGGCGGGCCUGCAGGAGACACUGGCGCCCUCGACUUUGAGCACUACGUUCUCACCAUAUACGGCACCAAGUAG